GACAUAUUUAUGUGAAGUGUUUCUGUCUUCAUACUCUAUAUUGACAUCUCAUCUCAUUUCCAUCUCAAUCUCUAUGACCCCUCUAUCCUUUUCUCAAACCACCAUAGUUAAUUUCUUCUCUUCUUUCCUUUUCUUUUUCUUUAUUCCUUCUUUCCAAUCAAACACUCUACUAGUUGCAUCUUAUUCUUCUUCUUCUUCACCAUAACUGCCAUGAGUAAACUGGUCGUGGAGAUUCAUGAUGCCACUGACCUCAUGCCCAAAGAUGGGCAUGGCUCUGCUAGUGCUUUCGUCGAAGUGAACUUCCACGACCAGCGCCACCGGACUCAGACCAAGCCCAAAGACCUAAACCCUCAAUGGAACGAGAAGCUUCUCUUUAACGUGGUUAACCUGGGAGAUCUCCCCAACAAGACUAUCGACGUCGUUGUCUACAACGACCGUAACUCCGACCACAGCCGCAAAAACUUCCUAGGCCGUGUCAAAAUCUCCGGUGUUUCCGUCCCACUUUCUGAGUCCGAUGCCCAAAUCCAGAGAUACCCACUUGACAAACGCGAUCUCUUUUCGCAUGUAAAGGGAGACAUCGCUCUCAAGAUCUACGCUGUUCACGGUUAUUCUUCCGACUACGGCCCGUCCCAUCCGGCCGCGAAUUAUGUCGUUGAGACUCAAGAAACCCCAUUGCAAGAAAUUAACACCAACAGAAUCGACGAGGAGAGGGAGCCAGAGAGCGAGCCUGUGGUGGAAAAGAUAUUCAAGAAGAAGAAGAAAGAAAAAGAAGUGAGGACCUUUCACUCUAUUGGAACAGCCGGCGGCGGUGGCGGUGGUGGUGGUCAUGCUGCUCCGCCACCAAUGUCUUCCUCCGGUUUUGGUUUCGAGAGCCAUAACCAUCAUGUAAAGGCGCCGGCUUUCGAGACGAGAAGAGAUUUCGCUCAGGUGACUCCGCCAGGGGCGGCGGCGGCCGUGAUGAGAAUGCAAAUGCCGAGACAGAAUCCGGAGUUCGCUUUGGUGGAGACUAGUCCGCCGGUGGCUGCUCGGUUAAAGUACAGAGGAGACAAGACAGCGAGUACGUACGAUCUCGUGGAGCAGAUGCAUUACUUGUAUGUUAGUGUGGUAAAGGCCAGAGAUCUUCCGGUCAUGGACAUUACCGGCAGUCUCGAUCCGUACGUGGAGGUUAAGCUCGGGAACUAUAAAGGGGUGACGAAACAUUUGGAGAAGAAUCAAAACCCAGUUUGGAAGCAGAUUUUCGCUUUCUCGAAAGAGAGGUUACAGUCCAAUUUGCUUGAAGUUACUGUGAAAGAUAAGGAUUUUGGGAAGGAUGAUUUCGUGGGUCGAGUUCAUUUUGACCUCUUGGAGGUCCCUCUUCGAGUCCCCCCAGAUAGUCCUUUGGCUCCUCAGUGGUACAAAUUGGAAGACAAACAUGGAAUGAAGACCAAAGGUGAGGUUAUGCUGGCCGUAUGGAUGGGAACUCAGGCCGACGAAUCCUUCCCGGAGGCUUGGCAUUCCGACGCUCACAAUAUUAGCCAUGUCAACCUCACUAAUACUCGUUCCAAAGUUUACUUCUCUCCUAAAUUGUACUACCUUCGAAUUCACGUCAUUGAAGCUCAGGACCUUAUACCUUCGGACAAAGGCCGAGCCUCUGAUACGUAUGUGAAGGUUCAACUAGGUAGCCAACUGAGAGUCACGAGGCCUACCCAAAUCCGUAUGGGUGGUCCGGUUUGGAAGGAAGAGCUCAUGUUCGUGGUGUCUGAGCCUUUUGAAGAUUUCAUCAUGGUGACGGUUGAGGACAGAGUUGGGCCGGGGAAAGACGAGAUCUUGGGCAGAGUAAUCCUUCCGGUUAGGGAGGCUACUCAGAGGCUGGAGACCAGUAAGUUUCCCGACCCUCGGUGGUUCAAUCUCCAUAAGCCUUCAUUGGUGGCUGAGGAGGAGACUGAGAAGAAAAAGGAGAAGUUUUCGAGUAAGAUUCAUCUUAUGCUGUGUUUGGAGGCGGGUUAUCAUGUUCUUGAUGAAUCGACUCAUUUCAGCAGCGAUCUUCAGCCUUCUUCCAAACACCUCAGGAAAUCCAAUAUUGGGAUUCUUGAACUUGGGAUAUUGAGUGCUCGGAAUUUACUGCCUAUGAAGAGCAAAGAUGGGAGGACCACCGAUGCUUACUGUGUGGCCAAGUAUGGGAGCAAAUGGGUUCGAACCAGAACGCUUCUUGAUACUCUGUCUCCUCGCUGGAAUGAGCAGUACACGUGGGAAGUUUAUGACCCUUGUACGGUCAUCACCAUCGGCGUUUUUGACAAUUCGCACACUAAUGGAAGUAAAGAAGAUGCUCGAGACCAGAGGAUUGGGAAGGUUAGAAUUCGUCUCUCGACUCUCGAAACCGAUCGAAUAUAUACACAUUACUACCCUCUUUUGGUUCUCCAACCCAAUGGUUUGAAAAAACACGGGGAGCUUCAAUUGGCUCUGAGGUUCACUUGUAUGGCUUGGGUCAAUAUGGUGACCCAGUAUGGGAAACCUCUGCUUCCCAAGAUGCAUUAUGUCAACCCUAUACCAGUGAAGCACAUUGACAUACUGAGGCACCAGGCGCAGCAGAUUGUGGCCAUGAGGCUGGCGCGGGCUGAGCCGCCACUCCGGCGAGAGAAUGUCGAGUACAUGUUGGACGUCGACUACCAUAUGUGGAGCUUGAGGAGGAGCAAAGCUAAUUUCCAACGCAUAAUGUCUGUUCUCUCAGGCCUUUCUGCUGUUUGCAGAUGGUUUGAUGACAUUUGCUAUUGGAAAAACCCCAUCACUACAUGUCUAGUACACGUCUUGUUCUUGAUGCUGAUUUGUUACCCGGAAUUGAUACUGCCCACCAUCUUCCUUUACCUGUUCGUGAUUGGAAUUUGGAACUAUCGGUUUCGGCCAAGGCAUCCUCCUCACAUGGAUGCUCGGCUUUCGCAGGCUGAAUUUUCCCACCCGGAUGAACUCGACGAGGAAUUUGAUUCAUUCCCGACUAUUAAGCCAGCGGAUAUAGUCCGAAUGAGGUACGACCGGCUGCGAAGCGUGGCAGGAAGAGUGCAGACAGUGGUGGGAGAUUUGGCAUCACAAUUGGAAAGAGCUCAGGCUAUAUUGAGUUGGAGGGACCCGAGAGCCACAGCUAUAUUCAUCAUCUUCUCGUUGAUUUGGGCUGUGUCCAUUUAUGUUACUCCAUUCCAAGUUGUGGCGCUGCUUGUUGGGCUCUUCUGGUUGAGACAUCCACGGUUUAGAAGCAAGAUGCCUUCUGUACCUGUCAACUUCUUCAAGAGGCUGCCAUCCAAGUCCGAUAUGCUGCUUUGAAAUUGGACGGUUACCAUGUUGUUUAUUAUUAUUUUUGUUCUCUUUAUUUAUUCACUUCAAGAAAGGGAAUUAGAUGUUACCCGUAAUUACUCAAUUUCUGUGGACAAAACCAGAUGAUUGGCCAAAUAAUCGCACCUGGAUUAUAGCAGUACAAGACAGCAAUAAUUUGCUCUUUUUUUCUGCUAACCCCACCCAAUAAGAAUCUCACGUUGCAUAGAUAUGUAUAUCUCAGCUUUAUUGAUGCUUAUCUAUAAAACAAUCCUUUCAAGUCGA